AUGGAAUCAUACAAGGAGCUCACUUGUGAGUUCUUGGCUUCGAUGAGGUACCACGAGUAUGAUGAGCUCGAUCGAGCUGACUUGGAUCAAGGAUUGGGGUGGAUCACAUUCUUGGCUAAUGGAGUCAAGAGGAUGGUCACUUUUAGGCAGUUGGAGAUCUUGUUUGGCUUCAACUAUGGAGAAGGGACUCAAUGGGACUUCAAGGAAAGUGAGCUCCAAAGUGUUUGGGCCACAAUUGCUGAGGGAGAGUACUCCUCCUCAAGGUCUAAGGCUGCUCAAAUCAGGAGUCCAGUGCUGAGGUAUUGA